AUGGUUGUUAUAGUGUAUCUAAACGAGUCCGUAAUGGAUGAUGAGAAGUGCGAGGAGUUGAAGAAAUCAUUGCAUGGUGAUUGGAAAGUUAUCAAUAGACGUACAGAGAAACAAUAUCAAGUAUUAGAUGAACUUAGUCAAUAUGUUUCCAAAGUUCAGCAAAUAUCAAUUGACCAAACAAUGAAAGAUAAAGUUGAAGAGAUUGAGAAUGAAAUAUUUGAACAAUGGAACAUAAGAAUCAACUUCAGAUUAUUGACUAAAGUAAUGAGAGUAUAUAGUUUUAAAUUCACUUCCAUCAGUGAAUUGAAGGUGAAAUCAGUUUUAAGUGGUUCAAAACUUUAUGAGAACUAUUCAACUAUAUUGGAAACUCAUGAUGGAUGUAUUUAUAAAGUAUUCGACCCAGUAAAAUCAUUAGGAGGCUCCAGGUUUGAUAUCAGAUAUUUCACAUUUUAUGAAAAGUUGAUAAUAGCAUUUGACACAUUUGUAAGAGAAUUAUCAGUGUAUUGUUAUUUAGAAGGAAGAUUAAAGGAAAAGCCUUCCGUAUUAGAAAUUGGUUAUAUAUCCAAUCCUCGUAAAAAGUAUUGCAAGAGAUUACCAACUGUAAAGAAAAACAUACUGGGAGCUUUUAAAUAUCCAUUAGCUGGAUUCUAUAUCAAGAUGACGAAAGUUGAAGGUAUUCCAUUAGGUAAUUCAGAUAUCACUUGGAUGGAAAGACAAUUAUUGACAGAUAUUUUUGAUAAACUUCACUCCCUCGAUGUGAUUCAUGGUGAUGUUCAUGGUGAGAAUUUUGUUUAUGAUGAGUCAACUGAAUCGAUUCUGGUAUUGGAUUUUGGAAGAUCGAAUUAUAAAGGAUUGGAAGAUAUCGAAGAUGAAAUCAUUGAUGAUCAACAACUUGAAAGUUUAAAAAGAAGAGAUAUAUCUUAUCUCAAUAAUUUAUUUGCAGACCAUUGGUGA